UUUUUUUUUCCAAUCUCUGAGCAGAAGACCGCCCUUUUUGGUAGAAGGAAAGGGUGAUCGGUCUUGUAAAUAGAUUGACCGCAUCAACUUAAAAGACACUUCUACUUCCAAAUGUCACCCAGACGUGUUUUCGUGACGGGUCGAUUUCCCUGAAUUUAUUCUUACAUUUCGCACUUUAAAAAUAUAAAGUGCUUUUGGGGCAUGCUGAAAGGUAACUGAAGACUGCAAAGGAGAAACUCCGAUUGUCAUGGCUGAAGGAGAGAAUGAAGUGAGAUGGGAUGGACUGUGCAGUAGAGAUUCAACUACUAGGGAGACAGCACUGGAAAACAUUAGGCAAAUCAUUUUGAGAAAAACCGAAUAUCUUCGUUCCGUGAAAGAGACACCUUAUCGUUCAUCAGAAGCCGGGCUCCUAAAUGCUGUUUCUUUGGAUGGGUUGAAUAAGCUACUUGCUCAUCUGCUUAUGCUUUCUAAGAGGUGUCCUUUUAAAGAUGUAAGAGAGAAAAGUGAGUUUAUUCUGAAGAGCGUUCAGGAACUUGGAAUUAAAAUUCCUCGACCACUAGGACACGGACCAAGCAGAUUCAUCCCAGAAAAGGAGAUUCUCCAAGUGGGGAGUGAAGACACACAAAUGCAUGCUUUAUUUGCAGAUUCUUUUGCUGCUUUGGGUCGUUUGGAUAACAUUACAUUAGUGAUGGUUUUCCACCCACAAUAUUUAGAAAGUUUCUUAAAAACUCAACACUAUCUACUGCAAAUGGAUGGGCCAUUACCCCUACAUUAUCGGCACUACAUUGGAAUAAUGGCUGCAGCAAGACAUCAGUGCUCCUACUUAGUGAACCUGCAUGUAAAUGAUUUUCUUCAUGUUGGUGGAGACCCCAAGUGGCUCAAUGGUUUAGAAAAUGCUCCUCAAAAACUACAGAAUUUAGGAGAACUCAACAAAGUAUUAGCCCACAGACCUUGGCUUAUUACCAAAGAACACAUUGAGGGGCUUUUAAAAGCUGAAGAGCACAGUUGGUCUCUUGCGGAACUGGUCCAUGCAGUUGUUCUUCUUACACACUAUCAUUCUCUUGCUUCAUUCACAUUUGGCUGUGGAAUCAGUCCAGAAAUUCAUUGUGAUGGUGGCCACACAUUCAGACCUCCUUCUGUUAGUAACUAUUGCAUCUGUGACAUUACAAAUGGCAAUCACAACGUGGAUGAAAUGCAGGUCAACUCAGCAGGAAAUAUUUCAGUAAGUGAAUCCUUCUUUGAGGUUGAAGCCCUCAUGGAAAAGAUGAAGCAGUUACAGGAAUGUAGAGACGAAGAAGAGGCCAGUCAGGAAGAGAUGGCUUCACGAUUUGAAAUAGAGAAGAGAGAGAGCAUGUGUGUCUUCUCCUCAGAUGAUGAAGAAGUUACACCAGCAAGAGAUGUCUCUCGUCACUUUGAGGAUACUAGUUAUGGCUAUAAGGAUUUCUCUAGACAUGGGAUGCAUGUCCCAACAUUUCGUGUCCAGGACUAUUGCUGGGAAGACCAUGGUUAUUCAUUGGUAAAUCGCCUUUAUCCAGAUGUGGGACAGUUGAUCGAUGAAAAAUUUCACAUUGCUUACAAUCUUACUUAUAAUACAAUGGCAAUGCACAAAGACGUUGAUACCUCAAUGCUUAGACGGGCUAUUUGGAACUAUAUUCACUGCAUGUUUGGAAUACGAUAUGAUGACUAUGACUAUGGUGAAAUUAACCAGCUGUUGGAUCGUAGCUUUAAAGUUUAUAUCAAAACUGUUGUUUGCACUCCUGAAAAGGUUACCAAAAGAAUGUAUGAUAGCUUCUGGAGGCAGUUCAAGCACUCUGAGAAGGUUCAUGUUAAUCUGCUUCUUAUAGAAGCUAGGAUGCAAGCAGAACUCCUGUACGCUCUGAGAGCAAUUACCCGCUAUAUGACCUGAUGCCUUUGCUCCAUUAAAGAUGAUUCUGGAAUAAUCAGCAGAUAUAUAGUCUACAAGGGGAAGGUACCAAGCCCCAGGACCAAUGGUAGAUAAAAGAAUUCAGAAAUCCAUUGUGCCAUAAUUUUUUAGUUUCUGCUAUUUUACUGUGGAAAUACCACUGCUGACACAAGCAGUGAAUGCUUGGCAGCUUCAGGGUUAGAGCUGUGAAGAAGGCUGCUGUUCACAGUAUUUUGCUUUUUGACAGUACAAGACGCUGUAUAACUGUUUUAAUACAGCAAAAAGUAACUCUCCAAAUCCUGUUGCUUUUAUGUUAAAUAAUGAGAAUUGGAGCAUGCAAAGAAUGGAACUUGGAUAAUAACUUAAGAUUUAUACAUAAAGAAUUUUAGAAGACUUUGGUGCUGCUAUCCCAGCUGGUGGAAUAAAUAGGUGGCUGUUCCAGUUAAGCUAUUAGUGGUUAAAGUGAACACUGCUACUAUCUGAGCCUACAUACAUAAUUUGUGUGGUUUCAAAUUAAACUUGCAUAUAUGUUAAUUUUUUUGCAUCUAAAAAGCCUAGAAUUAUUACAGCUCAGCAAAGACCGUUUUGAUGGUAACAGUUCAUUUCGUUCAUUAUAGUUUUUUUAAUUCAGUCAUUGGAUGAUGUUAAGUCACUAUGGCAUUCUUUAAAAUUUUUCUUAAAAAGCAAUCUUAAAUGAAAGUCUGUGAAUUUUAAGAAAACCUGGCUGUCUUUUGACACGCUGUCUUGAGACCCUCUGACCCUGGAGGGCAGCUGUCUCGUGCAGUAUUUUUGUUUCCAGCAGCAAAGUUGUGGGAAAUAUCGCUGUAGAAGGCUGUGAAGUCCCAGGUGCAUUCUAUCGCUGUGCUCCUGCCCACCUGAUGGCCCUACUAUAAAGAUGUGCAGCUCCUUUAAUAAUAAAGCUGGAAAAUAUUUUUUAGUCAGAUUAUCAAAUUUGAUUUACAAAAAUGUUAACUUUGUUUGAAAUACAAACAGGUUUGAAAAAAAAUGUAUUAAGUACUUUGUAUUCUGGAAGCGUGAAUUGCUUUUGAAGUCUGUCAGUAUUAUUGGUAUUUUUCAAUAAAGAAUAAUUUUCUCCAA